GUAUUUAACGAAUUGACGUUUACCGAAAAGGUUGUGAUACUACAGGUUGUACUGCAAGUUGUAAACAACAGUACCUCUGCAUAACAAAAAAGGACAACACAAGGAAAUCAACAGCAAAACUUUCAGAGUUUUUAUUUCAAAAAGGAUAUUUACUUUACAAGAACUUUGAAACAGUUCAACAAGGAAAAAGAAUCCAAAAAAAAUGAUUCCAGUUAGCGUUUAUAUUGGAGCCCUCGUUGUGGUCCUAAUAGCAGCUUAUUUCAAAUUUCUAUUCAGAAUACGGAAGGAUUCCGAGCCCCCUAUUCCAAAAGGUCAUUUUAUAUGGGGAAAUGGCGAACAGUUUCAUAAAAACGCCGUGCAAUUCCUCCACAACACACAGAAAAAGUUAGGGGACAUUUUUACAAUUCGACUUUUUCAUCAGCAUUUGACAGUUCUUAUGGACCCCCACGCAUACGACAGAAUGGUCAGGGAAAAGAAUUUUGAUUUCGAUGCAAUCCAGCGACAGGUUAACCACAAUGUUUUCAGCUUCGCUCUCACAGAUGCCCGCAAAAUGAUCAAAGAAGCCGGCAAGACCGUGAAGGGGCCUUACCUCAACAAAGGGAUGCAUCAAUAUGCCACAUACCUCAACGAAGCUUACGUCGACGUCAACGCAAGAACCGAAAUGGAUCCCGUAAAGAGUGACUGGCAUACUGAUGGACUUAGAUCAUUCAAUGCUAAAACCCUUUUCUCAGCUUUAUUUUUCACAAUUUUUGGAAAAACGGAACAGGGAACGACAUUUGAGCCCAAUACAGUUUUCAAGCACUUCGACGCUUUCCACAAAUACUUCAACUACCUCUGGCUGGGAAUGCCCGUGAACAUGUUCCCCGAGGCUCUGAAAUCCUUGAAGUUUCUCUGCGCUCAGCCCUGCUCACAAGACUUACUGAAGAGAGAAGAUCUGUCCGAAUACAUCCGAUUUUCCAUGAACUUCAUGUUGGAGAAUGGUCAAACUGAGCAGGACAUCAUCGGCCACAAUCUGGUGUACCUCCACGUCAACUACAACACCUUCAGGAUGGCUUUCUGGGCUAUCUACAAAUUGAUGGAGCACCCGGAAGCAUUGGAAGCUCUCAGGGCUGAAGUACAAGAUAUCGUAGAGAAAAGAGAGGACUCUGAAAACGAAAACGGAGAAAUAGAACUAUCUUUGGAAGAUGUGGAUCGCCUUCCUAUUCUUGACAGCAUCACUAAAGAAACUCUAAGAGUGUCUGGAGGAGUUUUCAUGGUCAGAUCUGUUGCUGAAGAUACCGAAUUUGAGACGGAGGAGGGCCGAAAAUACAGUCUGAGAAAGGGAGACAAAGUUGCCAUGUACCCACCAGCAAUCCACAAGGACCCAGAAAUCUUUGAAAACCCUGAUGAAUACAAAUAUGACAGGUUCGUUGAUGCCACGUUCUACAAGAAUGGGAAAGUUUUGAAGAACCCAAUCUUGGCAUUUGGUUCUCUAUGUCCCGGCAAAAAAUACGCCCUCUGCCAGGCAAAAUGGUUUAUGCUCUCCUUGGUGAACGCAUUUGACUUUGAGCUUUGCGAAGGAGAGAAAACGGAAUGUGAUAUCAACUAUCAUGGACAUGAAAUUUUACCACCAACCAAUGAUGUUCAAAUUCGAUACAGAAUACGAGAGGGCCACAAGAAAUUAAUAUUCGUUUAAUGGACAAUUGUUUCCUUAGUUCAGUGGUUGUGUUUAAAUUAUUUAUUGACCAAUUUGUGUAUGAGAGAAGGGAUGAAUGAAAUGUAAGCGACAAGGUGAGUGAGUGGAAGAAAGAAUCAGUGAAUGAAUAGACGAAGAUAGUGUGUAUUAAGGUUGUGACAUAUUUAUUUGCCAGUUAAACUUACAGUUGUAUUAUGUAUUUUCGUAUUGCAGGUCCCAAAUAAUUUUGUAUGAAAGUUUUCAGCGAGAAUGAAAAAAAAGAGGAUCUCAUUUGAAUCAUUCAUUUUCUUCAACUGACAAUUUUAUUUUCACCUUCAUGUUUUGUUUGCAUGCGUUUGAGAGAGUAGGCAUUUAAGCAUAAUCCCAAAUUUCGAUGUUUUACGGGUAAAUGUGCAAAUAAGGUCUUAGAACAGACAGUUUACUACAAGGAUUGAGAGCAGAUAGAUGGUGUAGUUUUUUGAAUCUCCACAAUGAUAGAGAGUUCAAUGAAGGAAUCUCUGAAGUAUUUUUUUUCUAUUGUCUCACGAACGUUACAGAACUCAAAGCAAUUAUUGUCCCUAAUGUGAACGUGUAGUUCGUGUAACAAUGAUGAUAAUUGAUUAUUAUAGAUAUGUCAAUUUUUGCCAGUUAAAAUGUUGAUACAUUUUUUGUGAUGCCAUUGCAGACACAUUUGAAUACUUUGCAUCAACAAAGUCUUUAUUUUUGUAUUUCACAAUCUGACCAUUGAAUAGUGAUGGUGCCAGAUUUGUUGUGUAAAUUUUUAUGUCAUGCCACAUUUUCAAACAUGAUCCUAGAUCCUUUGUCAUGUUUUCCACCAUUUGUCUCCACAUAUAUAUAGCAUUUGUAAAAAUAUCAUUUAUUUAUUUUUUAAGUUAUUGAUAAUUUAUUUGAACGUCCAAUUUGAAAUAUGUAAAAUCCAAGGUGCUUAUCAACCCGUUGCGGUUGUUACAAUUUGUUAUAAAUAAAAUAUUGAAAAUAUUCAACAA